AUGGUACCAGAGCACAUGGAAGAGGACGAAGAAACACCAAAAUCCAUCCCGCCCUGGGUGGAACUGGAAUACGCGCACAUGCGUAUUCUUGCUGGCUCGACUUCACAAGUCCAAUUCACGCACCUCUCAAAAUCGUCCUGUGAAUCCCUAAAUUCUAUAUUCAAUGCGUCGUCUUCGAGCAACCCCGGAUUGUCUGCAUUCUCCUGUCAUCAACAAGGCGUCGUUGGACUGAUGAAGGACCUCGGAGUGCCUAUCGAUCAGGUCUGCCUCCUCGAUCCCAAGGCGGAGAAGGAGUUAUCCCCAGAAGAUGGAGACGGCCAGUUUCAGUGGUUCCUGUUCGGGGGCAUCCUGGGAGACGAUCCACCGAGAGAUCGAACCUCCGAACUCCGUGUUCAUGGGUUUCCGACGCGCCAUCUUGGUCCUAUCCAGAUGACCACAGACACCGCACUCGGGGUUACGACAAUUGUCGUUCAUGGCAGGAUUCCACUCCAGGAUAUCCCUUAUACUGAUUAUCCAACCAUCAGGUUCAAUGCAAAAGAAUCUGUCGAAAUGCCCUUCCGAUACAUCGCUGACGGCAAGGAGCCCCGUCUUCCACCCGGGAUGAAGAAGCUCCUAUACGAAGACCUCAACAAGGGGUUUGAUUUCUAG